AUGGACCCGAACUUCCCUCGUGACCUCGCGAUCAGCCCUUCUACGGAAGAUGGCAGUUUCGCUGCAUCGACUACAUCAUCUGCUUUCGGCGCAGACGCUCAGACGACUGCUAUUCAACGCUAUGGUAUCGCGGGAAGAGUCUGGGAAGCUGCCUACAUCCUACUGCGAUACUUUCAUGAACUCGACUCGUCCGUCUUGGAACCUCCAUUUCAUCUUCCCGCUGAGCCGAUGACGGUCGUGGAACUUGGAGCUGGGAUGGGAGUGACAGGGUUCAUGCUCGCCGAGAGGCUCCUGGCGCUUGGUCGCCAGGAAGACCGCAUCAUCUUGACCGAUCUACCUGAAGUCUGCGACCUACUUCAAGAGAAUCUGCGAUUGCAGGAGUCACUGCGCUCUGCAGAUGUGAUAGUGACCCCGCUCGCUUGGGGCAACGCACAACACGCGAAAGAUGUCCUGGAUGAGAUUGUAAAAGACGGGAGAGCCAUCACUCAUAUCGUCUGUAGCGACUUGGUCUACUUUCCCGAGCUACUCGCCCCACUCCUACGCUCUCUCCUCGAACUCACUUCUUCCUCACCUUCUCCACUCAUAACGAUAUCUUACAAAAUUCGCUCCCUUGCGAAAGAGACGGCGUUUUGGAACGCUUUCGGUCUAUGGUUUACCUUCGAGCCGGUGUUCGUGCGCGGAGAGGCGGGAUGGACACGUUUCGGAGAGGAUGCCGAUGCUUCACCGGGACCGCCCAGUAUAGCAGCCCGCUUCAACUCGCCCACACUAGCCAGCUCAUCCACACUACCCACAGCCAUGGCACCAAUCUCCCUCCGAUCAACCCGCUACCCCGAACUCGAGCUCCGCACCGCAACCCUCGACGAUGUCGCCGCCGUCCGCGAAGUCUUCGGCAACCCUGCCAACACCGAAUACGAUCCUGUCGUCAGCAAUCCCGCCAAGUUUACCGUCGAAAGGGUGGAAGGCAUGAUCCAGCGUUGGGAGAAGUCUCAGCAAGAAGAGAAGCCCGGAGCCGUCUCUAUCGUCGUCGUCGUCGACGGCGCGGUGCAGGGUGUCGGAGGCAUGGGCCAUAUCGCGACUGAUAAGGAGACGGGAAAGCGUACGGGGGACGCGGGCGUCAUGCUUAACGCGGUUGCGCGCAAGAAGGGAUAUGGAGCCGAGGCUAUGAGGCUUACGACGGACUAUGCGUUUGACGUGAUGAAGUUGGAUAAGGUCACGGCGACGAUGUUGGCGAAGAACGAGCCGAUGGUGAAUCUUAUGAAGAAGAUGGGGUGGAAGGGACGUCUUAUUCCUGCUGAGGAGGGUGAGUGGGGUGAGGAGUGGAUGUUCACCAUGAUGCCGGAAGAGUGGGCGGAGAUGAGGAAGGCUGGUACCGCCUAA